UAUGUGGCUCCGCCAUGAUUCUGUGCCAGACCCCGUGUUAGAGUUGAUUGUCGCUCUCGUCACGCAUGCUGGUGCAGGUUUAGAGAGAGAAAGUGGACGGAACGGCGGGAUAUUUGGGAACCAGAGAUCUCGGAGCUGGUAGGAGAAGAUGGAUCAGCGAGAGGAGAACGACAUAGACAGUGAAGGGAUUGUGUACGAUGAGGAAGGGUUGGAGAGGAACGAGUCGGCGGUUUCAUCCAGGAGCAUGGGCGGGAUGCUGAGAGAGCCGCUUCUGGCGAGGAGUAGGAUCAACAACACCUCUCAGAUUGCCAUUGUCGGCGCCAAGGUUUACCCUAUCGAAAGCCUUGAUUACGAAAUUAUUGAAAAUGAUCUUUUCAAGCAGGACUGGAGAUCUAGAAAAAAGGUUGAAAUUUUUCACUAUGUUUUUCUCAAGUGGGCACUUGCACUUCUUAUAGGGUUGAGCACAGGCCUUGUUGGCUUCUUUAAUAACAUUGCUGUUGAGAAUAUUGCCGGUUUUAAGCUUCUAUGUAUCAGCAAUCUCAUGAUUAAGGACAAGUAUUUUCAGGCAUUUUCAGCAUAUGCGUUCUGUAACAUGGUCUUAGCAAUUGCGGCCGCAGCCCUCUGUGCUUACAUUGCCCCUGCUGCAGCUGGCUCUGGCAUACCUGAGGUGAAGGCCUAUCUUAAUGGUGUUGAUGCUCAUUCUAUUCUGGCUCCGAGUACCCUUUUUGUAAAGAUUUUUGGUUCCAUUUUAGGAGUUGCUGCUGGAUUUGUCAUUGGAAAGGAAGGACCCAUGGUACACACCGGCUCUUGCAUAGCAAACUUACUUGGACAGGGGGGUUCCCGCAAGUACCACUUAACUUGGCAAUGGCUGAGAUACUUUAAAAAUGAUAGGGAUCGACGGGAUCUGAUCACUUGUGGAGCGGCUGCUGGUGUUGCAGCCGCCUUCCGUGCCCCAGUUGGUGGGGUUCUCUUUGCUCUUGAAGAAGCAGCUUCAUGGUGGCGGAGUGCUCUUCUUUGGAGGACUUUUUUCACAACAGCUGUAGUAGCCAUGGUAUUGAGGUCAUUCAUAGAAUUUUGUCGGAGUGGGAACUGUGGACUAUUUGGGCAAGGGGGUCUGAUCAUGUUUGAUGUCAAUUCAGCAACGGCCAAUUAUAACGUGCCAGAUCUAUUGGCAAUAAUAUUGAUUGGAAUUAUUGGAGGCAUUUUUGGAAGUUUUUACAAUUUUCUUGUGGACAAGGUUCUUCGCACCUAUAGCAUCAUCAAUGAGAGAGGGCCUGGCUUCAAAGUCCUGCUUGUUGUUGCUGUUUCCUUCCUGACCUCUUGUUGCUCUUAUGGCCUUCCAUGGUUAGCGAGGUGCAUCCCCUGCCCUGUUGGGAUGGAAGGUGAAUGUCCCACAAUAGGUCGCUCUGGAAACUACAAAAACUUCCAGUGUCCAUCAGGGCAGUACAAUGACCUGGCCUCCCUCUUUCUCAACACCAAUGAUGAUGUGAUCCGAAAUUUAUUUAGCUCCAGAAACGCAGGCGAGUUCCACAUCUCUACCCUUUUAAUUUUCUUUGUUGCUGUAUUCUGCCUUGGUAUUGUCACUUAUGGCAUUGCCAUACCAUCUGGGCUCUUUAUCCCUGUCAUACUUGCCGGAGCCUCCUAUGGGCGUCUUGUUGGCAGGCUCCUGGGCUCUUUCUCCGGUCUCGAUGUUGGUCUCUUUGCAAUGCUUGGAGCUGCCUCCUUCCUUGGUGGGACCAUGAGAAUGACUGUGUCGCUGUGUGUCAUACUUCUUGAACUCACUAAUAACCUGUUGAUGCUUCCAUUGACUAUGCUUGUUCUCCUUAUCUCAAAAACUGUGGCUGAUUGUUUCAACAAAGGCGUGUAUGACCAAAUAGUGCAUAUGAAAGGAUUGCCUUAUAUGGAAGCCCAUGCUGAACCAUACAUGAAGAACUUGGUUGCAAGGGAUGUUGUUUCUGGUCCAUUGAUAACAUUCUCUGGUGUUGAGAAAGUGGCCAAUAUAGUGCAUGCUCUCAAGACAACAAGGCACAACGGUUUCCCUGUUAUUGAUGAGCCACCUUUCUCAGAUGCACCAGAGUUGUGUGGGCUUGUUUUGAGGUCUCACUUACUCGUUUUGCUUAAAGGAAAGAAGUUCACAAAGCACAGAGUGUUGAGCGGAUCUGCAGUGUUAAGGAGUUUUCAUGCAUUUGACUUUGCAAAGCCAGGAUCUGGCAAGGGGCUCAAGCUAGAGGAUGUGGACAUUACAGAGGAGGACAUGGAGAUGUUUGUUGAUCUCCAUCCUAUCACAAAUAUGUCCCCUUAUACUGUAGUGGGGACAAUGUCACUAGCAAAAGCUGCUAUCCUGUUUCGGCAGCUUGGUCUGAGGCACCUGUGUGUGGUGCCAAAAACACCUGGGAAACCUCCCAUUGAAGGGAUCCUGACCAGGCAUGACUUUAUGCCCGAGCACAUUUUGGGACUUUACCCGCAAAUUAAUCCCCACAAGUAGCUCGAGCAAUCAAAGAGCAACCCCCAUGACAUGAUCACGCGGUUUAUAUGGUCUGUCGCUUCUUGUUGUAAUUCAAAGGUAUACACACAUAUUUCUUCGUUGAUUGAAUUUUGAGGGUCCUGGAGAAAACCAUCCAGUUUGAAAAGGGAGGUCAAAACGCACACACCAAAAGCAAGAUGAUUCCUCCCCCCCUCCCCAACUGCAGCAGCUUCGUAUUUGUAGAUAAUACAGCUUUCUCCUUGUGAGCUUAUACAUAUAAUCUGAUCCCGUCAUUAGCCGGGAUUUGUACUUAGCAGGUCCCUUUUGUUGUUUCAAUAUGUCGUUAUUUUUUCUAAUGCUUCUACGACUGAUUAUCUGUCCAUUUGUAUACUUCUUUCGAUGCACAAUAAGCAUUUCUCAUAGGUUGUGCAACUUGCUUUUGAAUA